AUGUCCAUAUUUUCGCAUAUAAACGAGCUUGUUUAUAAUAUGAAAAAUAAGUUAAAGUUUGGCGAAGAGCGUCCUUAUGCAUGCAGUGAGUGUUCUUUCAAGUUCAAGAAAAAGCAAUAUCUGGAGAGGCAUAGUGCAGUUCACUCUACUGAAAAGAAGUUCAGCUGCUGGAAGUGUGGAUCCUCCUACAAGUAUAAAAAAGGGCUAAACAGACAUGUUUCAAGAGCUCACGUUAUGGAGUGGAAAGCGUUUAAAAUGAUGUUUCCUAAAAAGAAACCUUGUCGUCAAAGUGAUGUUUGGUACCCCCCAAGUAUAUAUGAGUUUCAGCCAAUCCCUGUGACUGCUGAAUACCAUAACAGGGCAAUGCUAUUCUGGGCUUGGUCCUGCUAUCAACUUUAUUUGUUCUUCCUCGGGCAAAUCAGAUUUAAUUUAUAA